CUCCCUGUCCAGGAGCAGAGGUGGCGCAUGCGCAGAUCGCCACACGCCCUCUCACUACAACCAUGUCAGCCAGCGGGACGCUGUACACUUACCCUGAGAACUUCAGGGCCUUCAAGGCCCUGAUCGCUGCUCAGUACAGCGGUGCCAAAGUAACUGUAGACAGCAGCUUUGUCUUCGGGGAAACCAACAAGUCUGAUGCCUUCCUGAAGAAGUUCCCUCUUGGCAAGGUUCCAGCCUUUGAGUCUACUGAUGGCAAGUGCAUUUUUGAGAGCAAUGCCAUUGCUUGGGCAGUGGCUAAUGAGCAGCUCCGUGGAAAGUCUCCCAUGGACCAGGCUCAAGUGGUCUCCUGGAUGAACUUUGCUGAUAAUGAAAUCCUGCCAGCAUCAUGCACCUGGGUAUUCCCAUGCCUCGGUAUUAUGCAGUUCAACAAGGGUAACACUGAGCGUGCUAAGGAAGACAUUAAGAAAGCUCUUGCUGCUCUUAACUCUCACCUUCUGUCCCGUACCUACCUGGUGGGUGAACGCAUCUCCCUGGCUGACAUCACUGUAUGUUGCACCCUUCUCCAUCUCUACCAGUAUGUGCUGGAACCCUCCUUCCGCAAGCCUUAUCAGAAUGCCAACCGUUGGUUCACCACUCUGGUUAACCAGCCUCAGGUAAAAUCGGUUAUUGGUGAAUUCAAGCUCUGCGAGAAGAUGGCACAGUUUGAUAACAAGAAGUUUGCUGAAGUCCAGAGCAAAUUGAAGCAAGGUGGAGGUGACAAGAAGAAGGAGACUAAGAAGGAGGUAAAGAAGGAACAACCCAAGGAGAAGAAGGAAAAGGAGUCGUCCCCUCCUGCAGCUGCCCCCGCACCUGCCCUCAAGCCCAAGGAUCCCCUGGAUGCCCUUCCUGCAGGGUUGCUUGGGAGUUGUGCCCAGCAAGGGGAUGGACCACCCAGCGAGAGUGGAAGUGGGAUUUCUGAUACUACAGUGCUUCCUUUGAUAAACGAGGUGUUCCUCAAGCACAUGGAAGAUCUUCCUAAUAUGGUUUUCUUUGAUAUAGAGACAACUGGUUUAGAUUUAGAUUGUGAUAUUGUACAGCUUUCUGCUGCAGUCGGGGAUCAAACCUUUAAUCAGUAUGUUUUGCCAAGUAAACCGAUAAUGCAACAGGCUGCUGAAGUAACUGGUUUAACUUUGAAAGAUGGUGUAUUGCAUUUGAAAGGAAAGAUAAUAGAAAGUGUUGGGGCAAAAAAUGCAUUCCAGCAUUUUGUGAGUUGGUUAAAGCCUUUUGCUCCAUUAGUAUUGGUAGCUCAUAAUUGUUACAAUUUUGAUUCUAAAAGGUUGGUUAAUUCAAUGGAAAAGCAUGGUGUUGAACCUGCCUUGCAUGAGGUUGUCACUGGAUUUCUGGACACCUUGCCUCUCUUCAGACAUGUUCUCCCCAAUCUGACGAACCACAAACAAGAAACUAUUGUUCGUGCUGUACUUCAUGAAACCUACAGUGCACACGAUGCACUUCAGGACGUAAAAUCACUUCAGAGAGCGGUAAAUAUUUUAAAUUUACCAGUUAGUACUUUGAAAACUUUCUCUUUUACUUACGAGUCUCUAAAAGAGAAGAUGGAGUACAGUAGAAAAGCAAAAUUGAAAUCCAAAAGCCUAAAACCUCUAGUCGGGUCAAACUACAUAUCUGAGAAUAUAGCAGACAAACUAGGUAAAGCAGGUGUUGAUUUUGAGCUUCUAAAGUCCUUUUAUUUGAGAGGAGGGAAAGAGUUCUUAACUGAAGUAUUCAGUGAGCCAAAGGGACCAGACCAACCUCAAGCCAGACUGCGUGCAAGUACUAUUCAUAGUAUCUGUGAAUAUUUUUCAAUGGUGUAUGCAGAAGGUGCUCAUGCAGGUGUGGGGGUCUUAAUGAAAGAAUCAGUUGCAUGAAAAUGGUGUAUUUUCAUUUUUACAUUAUCCCCCCUCACACGUACACAGGCCAUGCACAGAAAUCUAACUUCUAAUAUGUUCCUAUCAUAUAUACAUAAUUUUGAGCUUUAAACCUUGUAUUUUCUUGGUAGUGGAGGAUACAAGUUAUUUUAAGUUGUGCGUCAUGCAAGUGGAGCAAUUGUGCGUUUUUUAAAUGUCGGAUGAAUUUCCAAAGUUAAAGGUUAGCAUCAGGGCAGUAUGUUGGAACCUUUUACUUAGCUAAUUGCUCCAUUUAGCACUUCAGUUUGAACUGCAAUUGGUUUUCUGUAUUUGCACUUUUAUUGUUUUUAUACUGCUCUUGUGUAAAAAAGAAAGUCUUUAGUUUUGUACAUUAUGAAUUAGAAAGUUACUUCACCACUAUGUAGGAUUUGAUUUGUACAAAUAUAUGCAUUUGUACAGGUAGUAGUUUCUUUUAACUACCCUGGUUUAUGUAGAUUUGAGGUUUUGUUGUUUUUUUAUGAUUUUAUACUUUUUAGAUCAAUUGGUUUAAUAUGUAAAUUGAAAAUAUUCCUGUUAGUUUCGUGUUCUGGGAAGUGUUUACAAAUCUGAGUUAUGUUGGGACAGCCGACUAUUUUGAUAGUAAACAUGUAAAUGCACUGGACUUGACUGAAAGGUGUCCGUUUUGUUCAUUUUUCUGGUCAACUACAAGCUGGUGUGUGUUAUACAUACAAAUGAACUGGUUUAUAUAUUCUGAUAUAUCCAGACAAACCAACAUUAUUGAAACUAGUGUAUAUUUAAUAGUACUUAUGGCACUUGUUUCUUAAUUUUUCUCCAUUACUUUUGUUUCAUUUCAGAAACUUCAACUUGGAUGACUUCAAGAGGUUCUAUUCAAACAACGAUGAAGAGAAGUCUGUGCCUUACUUCUGGGAAAAGUUUGA